CACAGACGGUUAGAACAGUUAUAUAUAUAGGCACCAAAAAAUGGGGGUUUCGCCAAAUAUGGCGAAUCUGUAGCAGAAAAAUGGGUAUAAACCCUGCUAAUUUUGGAGGUUUUUAUUGUUGCCCAUUUCUGGAUUUGGGUAAAUAGCCAAUUGAAGCUUUUCUCAUCGGAUCUAUAUAUUUUUGUGAGGACGAAGCCAUAGGCAUCCUCAAGCAUGGACCCUCCUACAACUGAUGUGGAAGUCAAACCAGAGAAGUUAGAAGAAGUGAAAGAGGGGGGUCCCAUGUUCCAUUGUGAUCUUUUUGAUACAGAAGUAGUUUACAAGAUAGCACAAGUGCUCCUCCCAGGACUAGCCUCAGCUUGUGUUGACAACACGACAGGUGAUCUUUUCAGGACCCCGGCUUCAGUUGCUGUUGAUGUGAGAAAAGAAAUGGUGGACUAUCUAACCCAGAGAAGUGAAACUUUUGUGGCAGACACUGUAAUUUUAGAAGGUGGACCAGAUGCAGAAGCGUCUGACCUUCCUUAUGAUAUUAUUUCUGAUAUCGUUGAUGAUUUUGCAAGUUCAAAGAGGAAUUUGUUUAGCCGGGUCUCAGGAUGGCUACUGAGUGAAAGGAGAGAGGACAGGAUAGAUGAUUUCGUACAAGAGAUGGAAAUAAAUGGAUUUUGGCUAUUGGAUAGGAGGGAAGCCAUUGCACAAACUUUGCUCAAGAAUGUAGACUUCAAGAACACAUUUCACUGCGAUAUGAAAUUCAAUUCUGCAAAAGAGCUCGCUGAGCAUGCUCUAAAGUGCAGUUUUAGGACUAUGAACUGCACAAAUGAGGGGUGUACUGCCAGAUUUUGUGCAGCUCACCUGGAGAAUCAUGAUUCAAUCUGUCCUUUUAAGAUACUUCCAUGUGAGCAGAAGUGCUCGGAUAGCAUCAUGAGGCGUGGGAUGGAUAGACAUUGCAUAACUAUUUGUCCAAUGAAGCUAGUGAACUGCCCCUUCUAUCAAGUGGGUUGUCAAUCUACUAUUCCUCAGUGUACGAUUGAACAGCACCGUUUGGAGUAUCUCCAUUCUCAUUUGCUUCAUAUUCUUCUAGUCAUUCACAAGCAAGCAUCUGUGGAAGACCUUAAAGAGCGUGUGGAGCAAAUAGAAAAGGCAUCAUCUCCUGGACGGCUAUCAGAAGCUCGGGAUGUGAGAUCUUUAACCUUUGCAAUCAAGGAUCUUGAAGGAAAGCUGGGGCCAUUAAUAGUCAGCAGCAAGAACAAGGUUAUUGAAGAGUCUGCAGAGUCACCAAUCAAGAAAGAAGAGUGCACAGAGUCACCCACCAAAAGAAAAGAGUGCAAGUCACCCAGUGAAAGUGAAAAAGAAGAAUGCCUUGAAUCAACCACCAAAAGAGAAUUGUGCACCACAUCACCCACCAGAAAAACAAAAUGCAACGAGUCACCCUCUAAAGAAGAACAAUGCAGCAAGUCAACCACCAUAAGAGAAGAGUCACCCAGCAAAAAAGAAUUGCAUACGCCUCCAGGAAAAGAAGAGUCCUUUCAGUCAACUGCCAAGAAAGAAGACUGCAACAAGCCACUCCCAAAAGCAGAAGAGUUAAGUGGGUCAGUCACCAAAAAAGAAGAAUGCACGGGAUCACCUAUCAAAAAACAGGAGCACACGGGGUCACUCUCAAAAAAAGAAGACUGCAGGCCUGCUUCUAAUUUUGAUUCACACACGCCAGAGAAAGUAGAAAGCUAAUGUUUGAAGAGAUCGUUUUGUUGCCAAAGACUCAUCAUAUACGAUACUUAUUUUCUUUUGUAUUUGAGUUACUAUGUAAAAUUGUCUCAUUAGAAGCCCUCUUGGUCUAUGAUCUUGGAGCUCUUGCUUUCUUCUCCUUAUGGUUCUUUUAGUCUGUUAACAUUUUGUCCGUUGUUAAUGAGUGAAAGUUAUUGUUUACUGCU